AUGGGUUGCUGUUGCAGCAAGACUUCCAAGGCGCCCCGGCCCCAGCCUGGCCCACAAAGUUACCAUGCUCCGGCUUCGUGGCGCCCAGAACACGAAAAAAAGCCGACCAACAAGGGCCCCGCCCCGGGCACCAGAGUCGCCCCCUUGCCCCGCCCCCCCGGAGAUGUGCGGUACAAGUACACCGCCGACGGGACUCCAUGGCCUCAAGCCAUGGAGGCGUAUCGGAUUGGUGUGCGUUCCGGGGGCCGCCCCGACACGGAGUCGUCGCUGUCCCCUCGACAGCUUCCGUCGCCGCAGCCUCCGAGCAGCGGCUCCCCCACCACGCCGUCGUCGACAGGGACGGUUGUCCGGAAGAAGAAUUCGGAGGCGCCUUUGAGGGCCGAGGGCAAAAAGAGGGACCCAAGGCAGAAUAGGAGUGACCCCUAUCACUGA